UUCCCUCCAACAUGGCGACCAGGAAGCCGCAGCUGGCGGCUCUGGUGCUUCUGCUGAGCCUCACACAAGUUCUAAAUUUCCCUGUUGGACCGGAACCGAAGCGAACGACAAGCUGCGGAUACGAGUCGUGCCAUGUCACCAAGGCAAACAUGCUGAACGUUCACCUGGUUCCUCACACACACGAUGAUGUUGGAUGGCUCAAGACGGUGGACCAGUACUACUAUGGAGACCGCAACGACAUCCAACACGCCGGCGUCCAGUACAUCCUGGACUCUGUGGUGGAGGAGCUGCUGAAGAACCCAGAGCGCCGCUUCAUUUACGUGGAGACGGCCUUUUUCUACCGCUGGUGGAAGCAGCAGAGCGCCGCCACGCAGCAGACCGUCACCCAGCUGGUCGACGAAGGUCGCCUGGAGUUUGUCAACGGCGGCUGGUGCAUGAGCGACGAGGCCACCACGCACUACAGCGCCGUCAUCGACCAGAUGACCAUGGGCCUCCGGUUCCUCAAUGACACGUUCGGGAAGUGCGGCCGUCCCCGGGUGGCCUGGCACAUCGACCCGUUCGGGCACGCCCGAGAACACGCCUCCAUGUUCGCGCAGAUGGGGUUCGACGGCUUCUUCUUCGGCCGCCUGGACUACCAGGACCAGUCCCGCCGGCGCUUGGCCAAAGAGCAGGAGCUGCUGUGGAGGGCGUCGGACAGCCUGACGCCUCCGGUGGCCGACCUCUUCACCGGGAUCCUCCCCAACGGCUACAACCCCCCAACAGGCUUCUGCUGGGACCAGUCGUGCGACGACCCCCCGAUCCGAGACGACCCGGACCUGGAGGACUACAACGUGGACCAUGUGGUGAAGCAGUUCCUGGCUGUCGCCAGGCAACAGGCCCAGGAGUACAAGACCAAUCACAUCAUCAUGACCAUGGGCUCCGACUUCCAGUACGAGAACGCCAACCUGUGGUACAAGAACCUGGACAAGCUGAUCCGCUACGUCAACGCUCGGCAGGCGGACGGCAGCGGCGUCAACCUGCUGUACUCCACGCCCUCCUGCUACCUGCAGGAGCUGCACCGAGCCAACCUCACAUGGCCUCUGAAGACGGACGACUUCUUUCCGUAUGCCGACGACGCGCACGACUUCUGGACCGGAUACUUCAGCAGCAGACCGGCGCUGAAGCGCUACGAGAGGGUCAGCAACAGCAAUCUGCAGACCUGCAACCAGCUGGAGGUUCUGGUUGGACCCAAAUCCCGGAGCGGAGCGUUCGGAGCAGGCGACAGUCAGGCCCUCAAGCGAGCCAUGGCCGUGGCUCAGCACCAUGACGCCGUCUCGGGGACGGAGAAGCAGCACGUGGCCAACGACUACGCCAGGAGGCUCGCCGACGGCUGGAGACACUGUCAGGUUCUGGUCAGCAACAGCCUGGCGUCUCUGAGUGGGUCGACCGCCGAGAGGUUCUACUGUGACCUCCUCAACGUCAGUGUGUGUGACCUGACUGAGUCCAGCGGGAAGUUCUCAGUCAACGUCUACAACCCUCUGGCUCGGCCCGUCACGUGGCCGGUGCGACUCCCUGUCAACGGCUCGGCGUACCUCGUCUCCGACGCCAGCGGCAGACCGGUGGAUUGUCAGGUGCUGCCGGUGUCUGACGCCACCCGAGCGGUGCGGAGGAGCCGGGGCUCGGCCACCAAGGAGCUGGUGUUCCAGGUUGAGGCUCCUCCUCUGGGCUACACCACCUACUCCGUGUCCCUGCUGCAGGACGGAGCUCCGCCUCCCCCCGCCGCCCGCGGCUCCUCCCCCCCGAUCCUCCAGAACAAGUUCCUGCGAGUGACCUUUGACCCCGACACUGGGCUCCUGAGCGGCCUCACCAACAUGGAGACGAAGCAGAGCAUCAAACUGAGCCAGAACUUUUACUGGUACAACGCCAGCGACGGCAACAACACGGAGAGCAUCCAGCCGUCCGGCGCCUACAUCUUCCGGCCCAACUGCUCCACACCCUUCACUGUCAGCAGCAGCGCCCAGACCCAGAGCUUCCAGACGUCGGUGGUGCAGGAGGUGAGGCAGGUCUUCUCCCCCUGGGUGUCUCAGGUGGUGCGACUCUACAGUGACAGCAGAGCUCUGGAGCUGGAGUGGACCGUGGGGCCCAUCCCCGUCCAGGACGACCUCGGCAAGGAGGUGAUCACCCGCUUCGACACCGACAUGGAGACGUCCGAGCUGCUCUUCACCGACUCCAACGGCCGCGAGGUCCUGCAGAGGAAGAAGGACUUCAGGCCCACGUGGCAGCUCAAGCAGACGGAGCCCGUGGCUGGGAACUACUACCCCAUCAACUCCCGGGUCUUCAUCAGGGACGCCUCCAGCCAGCUCACUGUGGUGACCGACCGCUCUCAGGGAGGAGGCAGCCUGAGGAACGGCUCGCUGGAGAUCAUGCUCCACCGCCGGCUGCUCUACGACGACAACCGCGGUGUCGCUGAGCCGCUCAACGAAACCUCGGACCUGUUCCCGGAGGGGCUGGUGGUCCGCGGGCGCCUCCUCCUCUCGCUGGAGCGGCCAGCCAGCGCGGCCGACGCGCACCGCCCCCUGGCUCAGCAGGUGGUACUGCAGCCACUGCUGACCUUCACAGACGGGGAGCUGCACCCCAACACUCGGCUGCAGUUCUCUGGACUCCAGGCUGCGCUGCCCCCUGCUGUUCACCUGCUCACACUGACCCAGUGGGACGACAACCUGGUGCUGCUGCGGCUGGAGCAUCAGUUCCAGAGCUGGGAGAGCAGCACCUACUCUCAGCCCGUCACCCUCGACCUCCAGAAACUCUUCUCCACCAUGGAGGUCCUGGGCGUGUCGGAGAUGAACCUCUCGGCCAAUCAGUGGAAGGAAGAGAUGAGUCGCUUCUCCUGGACUCCACAGACAGAGGAGGAGCGGCAGCCCAAGAAGGUCCAGGGCGGGUCCACGUGGGAGGUCAAGCUGCGGCCCAUGGAGAUCCGCACCUUCCUGCUCAGAGUGAACCUCAGCCGGAUCUGAGCCUGCCUUUCAAAUCAGAGUUCUUAAAUCUCCAGCUCUCGCUGCCUUUUUUUACUUUGUUCAAGUGUUUGUACAUAUUUGAUUUUUCACCAAUCGAUUUAAUAAAAUUUGAAGUUU